UUCAAUCUGCUGAGCAGCACCAUGGACCAGAUGAGCAGCCGCGCGGCCUCGGCCAGCCCCUACACCCCAGAGCACGCCACCAGCGUGCCCACCCACUCGCCCUACGCGCAGCCCAGCUCCACCUUCGACACCAUGUCGCCGGCACCGGCCAUCCCCUCCAACACCGACUACCCCGGCCCCCACCACUUCGACGUCACCUUCCAGCAGUCCAGCACGGCCAAGUCCGCCACCUGGACGUACUCCCCACUGCUGAAGAAGCUCUACUGCCAAAUUGCCAAGACCUGCCCCAUCCAGAUCAAGGUGUCCGCCCCGCCGCCCCCAGGCACCAUCGUCCGCGCCAUGCCCGUCUACAAGAAGGCGGAGCACGUGACUGAGGUCGUGAAGCGCUGCCCCAACCAUGAGCUCGGGCGGGACUUCAACGAAGGACAGUCUGCUCCGGCCAGCCACCUCAUCCGCGUGGAGGGCAACAAUCUCUCGCAGUAUGUGGAUGACCCCGUCACGGGCAGGCAGAGUGUCAUGGUUCCCUACGAGCCCCCGCAGGUGGGGACAGAAUUCACCACCAUCCUGUACAACUUCAUGUGCAACAGCAGCUGUGUGGGGGGCAUGAACCGGCGGCCCAUCCUCAUCAUCAUCACCCUGGAGACCCGGGAUGGACAGGUGCUGGGCCGCCGGUCCUUUGAGGGCCGCAUCUGCGCCUGUCCUGGCCGAGACCGCAAAGCUGAUGAAGACCACCAGCGGGAGCAGCAGGCCCUGAGCGAGAGCGCCGCAAAGCACGGGGCGGCCAGCAAGCGUGCCUUCAAACAAAGCCCCCCUGCCGUCCCUGCCCUGGGCACCAACGUGAAGAAGAGGCGGCACGGGGACGAGGACGUGUACUACAUGCACGUGCGGGGCCGAGAGAACUUUGAGAUCCUGAUGAAGGUCAAGGAGAGCCUGGAGCUGAUGGAGUUGGUCCCGCAGCAGCUGGUCGACACAUACCGGCAGCAACAGCAGCUCCUGCAGAGGCCGAACCACCUGCAGCCUGCCUCCUACGGGCCGGUCCUCUCGCCCAUGAACAAAGCCCACGCGGCCGUCAACAAGCUGCCCUCCGUCAACCAGCUGGUGGGCCAGCCGCCCCCGCACAGCUCUGCGGCCGGGCCCAACCUGGGGCCUAUGGGCCCCGGGAUUCUCAACAACCACGGCCACGCCCUGCCGACCAGCGGCGAGAUGAACAGCAGCCACGGCGCCCAGUCCAUGGUCUCAGGGUCCCACUGCACCCCACCACCCCCCUACCACGCCGACCCCAGCCUGGUCAGUUUCCUGACAGGACUGGGGUGUCCAAACUGCAUCGAGUACUUCACGUCCCAGGGCCUACAGAACAUUUACCACCUGCAGAACCUGACGAUAGAGGACCUCGGCGCCCUGAAGAUCCCGGACCAGCACCGGAUGACCAUCUGGAGGGGCCUGCAGGACCUGAAGCAGAGCCACGACUACGGCGCCCAGCAGCUGAUCCGCUCCAGCAGCAACGCCUCGACCAUCUCCAUCGGCAGCUCGGGGGAGCUCCAGCGGCAGCGGGUCAUGGAGGCCGUGCAUUUCCGCGUGCGCCACACCAUCACCAUCCCCAACCGCGGGGCUCCGGCCGGGGGCGCGGGGCCUGACGAGUGGGCCGACUUCGGCUUCGACCUCCCGGACUGCAAGUCCCGAAAACAGUCCAUCAAAGAGGAGUUCAUGGAGAGCGAGAUUCACUGAGGGGCCGGGGUUCGCAGGAGAGUCGGCGCGGAGGGCACGGGCAGGGUCAGUGGCGGCGGCCGGGGCCCGGAGUCCCCGGAAGCCGUGUUUGGUCUCCUCUUGCUUUUUGGCAAAGACUGCCGAGGGAGGCAGGACCCGCAGGCUAUGCCCGGGGAAAAGGCGAGGUCCACCCUGCAGCACCCUGGACGGCGGGAUUGCUGUGCCCGGGGGGUGCCCCCGAGGGCCGGCGCCCCCCGCCCCCCAAGGCCUCGUCCUCCUUAGGGCUCUGCUGCUCCCCAGCGAGGUCCUUCGGAAUACAAGGGUCACCUCUGCUGAUGGACUGCCAAAAAGUAUUUCUCGAAGUCUUUUGGUUCCUGGCAAUGAGCGGCCCUGGGUUUGUAUCUAAAACAUGUUUAUUUGGGGGUCGAUGCUUCAGACCCUGUUUCUGCUCAAGGCUGGGUCCGUCUGCUGGACUUGAGGGUCAGUCUGUCCCUCUCACUUCAAACCCCUGCAGCUACCUUCCACUUCCUGCCCAAAGAGGAAAGCCAGAACCUCCCUGGAAUUGGAAGGGCCUAGGAAGGAGUGCGUUUGCCGCGUCUGUGGUCCCUCUUGGGAGGCAAGGACACUUCUGGUCAGUUGCCACCAGCCAACACCCUGGCCACAGCCGCCUCCGUUCGGUGACCUUCUCGGCACAGACGUGGACAGCAUGCUCAUUAGAC